UUGGCAAGUGUUGUUUCACUUUUAAGCUCUAUAAUUUGCAGAGCAGCAAAGGCAAUUCUUUCUUAGGAAGAAAAAGAAAAAGAAGGCAAUUCUUUCUUUUUUUUCUCAUUCUCUCUCUCUCUCUGUUUCUCUUCUUAUCUCAGUUGAAGUUGGCUGGGGCAAUUACUAGGCAUGGCAGAAAGUGAGGAUAUUCAGCCUCUGGUUUGUGAUAAUGGUACUGGAAUGGUCAAGGCCGGUUUUGCUGGGGACGAUGCUCCAAGAGCUGUGUUCCCCAGCAUUGUGGGGAGGCCAAGGCAUGCGGGUGUGAUGGUGGGAAUGGGGCAGAAGGAUGCCUAUGUUGGAGACGAGGCUCAAUCCAAGAGAGGCAUUCUCACCCUCAAAUACCCAAUUGAACAUGGAAUUGUAAGCAACUGGGACGAUAUGGAAAAGAUUUGGCACCACACUUUCUACAAUGAGCUUCGCGUGGCUCCUGAAGAACACCCUGUGCUCCUCACUGAAGCACCUCUUAAUCCGAAGGCCAACCGUGAAAAGAUGACUCAGAUCAUGUUUGAAACCUUCAAUGUUCCUGCCAUGUAUGUUGCCAUCCAAGCAGUUCUCUCCCUCUAUGCCAGUGGCCGCACCACAGGUAUUGUGCUGGAUUCUGGUGAUGGUGUAAGCCAUACUGUCCCCAUCUACGAAGGCUAUGCGCUUCCGCACGCCAUCCUUCGUCUGGACCUGGCUGGAAGAGACUUGACAGAUGCCUUGAUGAAGAUCCUGACGGAGAGAGGGUACACGUUCACCACAACUGCCGAGCGGGAAAUAGUACGUGACAUCAAGGAGAAGCUUGCCUAUGUGGCGCUGGACUUUGAGCAGGAGCUCGAGACUGCUAGAAGCAGCUCGUCCAUUGAGAAGAGCUAUGAGCUGCCGGAUGGACAGGUGAUCACCAUUGCAGCCGAGCGUUUUCGCUGCCCCGAGGUGAUGUUUCAGCCAUCUCUCAUUGGAAUGGAAGCGCCUGGCAUCCAUGAGACCACCUAUAACUCCAUUAUGAAGUGUGAUGUUGACAUAAGAAAAGACUUGUAUGGUAAUAUUGUGCUUAGUGGAGGUUCCACCAUGUUCCCUGGGAUAGCUGAUCGUAUGAGCAAGGAGAUCACAGCCCUUGCGCCAAGCACUGUGAAAAUCAAGGUGGUAGCUCCUCCUGAGAGAAAAUACAGCGUUUGGAUUGGAGGGUCUAUCUUGGCUUCACUCAGCACAUUCCAGCAGAUGUGGAUUUCAAAGGCAGAGUAUGAUGAAUCUGGUCCAUCCAUUGUUCACAGGAAGUGCUUCUAGCCAUAUCAUAUAUACAUAUAUAUAUUUAUAUUUAUAUUUAUAGAGAGAGUUGAUGUCAUGAUAAUAUGGUGUGCUUUGGGUUUGUCAGUGAUUGAGAGUGUGUGUCUGUUUGUUUAUUGCUUUUUCAGUGUAUAAAUAGUAGUUCUUCUGGGGAUGUUGUUGCUUCUUGCUUGUUUUCCUGGGUUGAGUGUUGAAGUUAUAACAUGAGAAUUGGAUGAAUGAUAUGAUUUUUCCCAUACUUUAUCAUGAUA